AUCGGCCAAAGCUUCACGCCACCAAACAUUGGCUGACUACGAAACCUAAAUCAUCAUCAUUAAAAUAUCACAAGCUUCCAAUUCAAAUAUUCUCCUUUUCUCCAUCUUCCUCUUCUUCUUCUUCUUCUAAUCUAACUUAACUAUCUUUGCUCGAUUUCAAUCAUUGUUUUUUAUUUUCAAGAAAGAAAGCUAGUUGAAUUCUUGUGGGGUCUGGUUUCCCUGAUGUCCUGAAUCACUGUGCCCUUUUUGAUGCCGAAGAAGAGUAUAAUUGGAAGCAUCAGCAGAAGUUUCUCCGAUUCCAAUUCGCUGGAUAGGGUUCCGGGUUCGGGACAGAGUUUUGCUUCAUCUUCUUCGGCAGACCAAAGGCAUUCUUUUUGGUCGGGCUUUAGGGUAUCUGCUUUCUCAAGCUCGGGUACUACGUCAGCUGAGCACUCGAAAGGGUCUCCAAGAAAAGGGGCGUCUAGUUUGAUACCAAAGCAUUAUGCGAUUGGUUGGACUUCGGCCUUGAGAAGAGCGAUGAACAGUGGCUCAGUGUGGAGAAUUUUAGGUUUAAACAAAACUGGGAUUCCCUCAGUCUCCAAUACUGACAUUUGGCUUCUCGGCUGCUGCUAUAAAGUUGCUCAAGAUGAUAGUCCAUCCACCGAUCCGACUCAGAGCCAGGGAUUUGCUUCGUUUGUCGAAGAUUUCUCAUCGAGGAUCUUAAUCACUUACCGUAAAGGGUUUGCCCCAAUAGGAGAGUCCAAAUAUACUAAUGAUUCAGGUUGGGGUUGCAUGCUUCGAAGCAGUCAGAUGCUUGUUGCUCAGGCAUUGCUUUUCCAUCGACUAGGAAGAUCAUGGAGGAAGUCUUUGGAGAAGUUGCUUGAGCAAAAUUAUUUGGAGAUAUUGAACCUUUUUGGUGAUUCAGAGGAAUCUGCUUACUCUAUCCACAACCUUCUUCAAGCUGGAAAGGCAUAUGAUCUUUCCCCUGGUUCGUGGGUUGGCCCAUAUGCAAUGUGUCGCACAUGGGAAACACUGGUGUGCUGUAAGAGAGAGGACGCUGAAAAUGCAGACCUGUCACGGGUGGCUAUCUAUGUUGUUUCUGGGGAUGAAGAUGGAGAAAGGGGCGGUGCACCAGCCCUUUGCAUUGAUGAUGUCUCAAGGCGAUGCCUCGAGUUGUCAAAAGGCCAAGUUGAUUGGGCUCCUAUAAUUUUGUUGGUUCCCUUGGUCUUAGGACUCGACAAGAUUAACCCAAGGUAUCUUCCCUUGUUAAAAGCUACAUUCAGCUUCCCCCAAAGCCUGGGAAUCCUUGGUGGUAGACCUGGAGUCUCAACAUACAUUGUUGGCGUGCAGGAUGAUCAGGCAUUUUAUCUUGAUCCACAUGAAGUUCAACAAGUUGUUGAUCUUGGGAGGGAUAAUUUAGAUAUCGACACUUCAUCUUACCACUGCGAUGUUGUGCGGCAACUCCCACUUGAUUCCAUUGAUCCAUCCUUGGCUAUCGGGUUUUACUGCAAAGACAAGAGUGAUUUUGAUGAUUUUUGUGCACGAGCAUCGGAUCUGGUUGAUCAAUCAGGUGGGGCUCCACUGUUCACCAUAACCGAGACUCGGAAUCCCUCCAUGCCAGUCCAAUAUCAAGAUAUGCAGGGCGAGGGGAGUGCAGAAGGAUUCAAGUCAUUUGACGCAACCUCCAUUGGUGAUUCAGAGAACGGUAAACAAGAAGAUGAGUGGCAACUUCUUUGAAGCUGGAUCUGUGUUUGUAUUUCCUGCCCUAUUCUACCCUACCCAAUUCUCAGGGGAGAGGAGGGCUGAAAACUGUAAAGAUAAACAACACGUAUUAGGCUCUCUUAUUAGCUUCAGUUUGAAAUGUUGUCAUUUUUUAUUGAUAUUUUUGGAACUUGAAUGAUAUGUGAUAUUCAUUACAUUAUUUCGGAAUAGAUUUUAUUCUUUCCUUUCAA